UGUCGUUAAAUAAUACUGUGAAUGAAUUUGAACAUGAUUAAUAAUUAUUAUUUAGUAAAUUGUGUGGAUUAUACAUUAUGUAGUAGUAAAAAUAUUUUAUCAACUUUCGGCGCACAACUGGUUUAGCUUAUCAUUUGUGAUUUGAACCUGAUAGUAACUGAUAUCGAAAGAAACUACACAUUUUUAUGGGUACCAAAUUAAGAAAUGCGGAGUAUCUUAUAUUUUGUUUAUGUGCUCUUGGCACAUAAAACGUGAAGAUUUUUAAUAGAAGUUUUGUUGAAAAAAAAUCUUAAAAAUUAAUGGCUUCGAUAAAGUACUCUAAAGGAGAAAAAAUAUUAUGUAACUGGCGUAAAGUGUGGUAUGAAGCUCGUAUAUUAGAUAUUCGUCAUGAAAUUGAUGGUGUUCAGUACUAUCAUGUGCACUAUUACAAAUUUACUAAGAAAUGGAAUGAAACUGUGAGCGAACAUCGUCUUAUGCCUCAUACUUCUGCAAAUGUGAAGAUUAUGAAACAGUCUAAAAAAGAUGCCAAAAAAAUAGCACGUGAUAUGAAGAAAGCAAAAAUCAAUGGAAGACCAUAUAUAAAAGAGAAUAAUAAAGAAAAAAGUGAUGAUAAUUUUAAUAAGCAUCAUAACAAAGUCAAUGUAGCAUUAAUUCAAGAUAAAAAUCUAGCUACUGUAAAUGAAACAAUUAGUAACACAUCUAAAGUUAAAUCACCAAAUCAUGGAAGUGUAAAAGAUAUGCAGAAAUAUCAUUUGAAAGAUGCUGUUGUUAAGAUUCCUAAAGUAGCCUUACCAUUGUGUUUCAAUAAUGUGGAUUUUCGUGAUAGUAAAAAUCAAAGUUUAAUAAAAAAUAAUAAAUUAGAUGUUGUAGAAAAUAUUUUUAAUUGUAAAUCCCAAGAAGUUAAUUUUACAAACAGUAUUAAAAAUAAGAAUAAUACAAGCGUAACAGAAAAUAAUGAUGAAAUAUUAGUCAGAGCUACAUAUAUUCAAAAAACUCCUACUCUUAUUGAAGAACACUCGGAAGAAUAUCAUAAUAUUAAUACUAUUAAUGAAAUUAAUGAUUCUUUUAAAAUAGAUGCUGAUAAAAAUAGCACAGUUUGUAAUGGAGAUCAGUCUUCUCAAAGAUUAAUAUCUGAAAUAACUUUCAUUGAUCCAAUGAUUGAAAAAAUUCAAAAAUUUCAUAAAAAUGGCAUAAUAAAGAACCAUAUUCAUCAAGAACCUAAUAUGUGUGAUCUUAACAAUAUACUAUUGAUGAGCCAGUCUGAAAAUAGAACAUUGAAAUCAGACCAUAAUAUUUUAGGUCCUCCUGUAUGUGUUAAAGUAACUUCCACUCAAAAUGACAUUGAUUUAAAAGAAGAUAUUUUACAACAUAUCGACUCAAAAAAUGUCACUGAUUUAGACAAAGAAGAAUCAUCUACAAGUUCUUUUGAAGAUUCAGUUGGAUCAUUCUCUAAUCAAAAUCCUGAAGAUUCAAUAAAAAAAGAUUAUAUUUUCAAUGAGAACUAUCCUUCUAGUUCUAAUUCAUUUAAUAAGUCAUCAAAAUUUCAAGACAAUUUACAAUUUAUAGAUAUUAAAAAGUCACCAGGGAAUUACAGCUCUGAUUCAAAGAUUUUUAUAACUUCAAAAAAAACUUCAUUGAAAAACGAACCAGAUAUCUUCAACUCUGAAUUAAAAUUUAAUAAGAAAUUAAGUUCUCUAAGAGGUGCUGCUAUUAAAGCAGCUUCAGCCAUAACAAUGAUGAGUAAGUCUGGUAGUAGAUAUGAAAAAAAAAAAGAUGUUGGCAAACAAACAAAAAAUAAUCAAAAAUUAAAUUCAGAUGAGGAUGACUUGUCUGAUAGUGAUAAUGCAGAGCUUAAAGAUUACGGUUUAGACUUUCCAAACCAUUGUGUAAAAAUUUAUAUUGAAGAUUACCAUUUGCUUGAGGAUGAUAGAUAUAUUCUAAACUUGCCAGCAAAAUUCUCUGUUUAUAUGAUUCUUUGUGAUUAUGCUAGAAAAUUCCCCGUUUGUUUAGACACACUUAAUAUAAUGUUGGAUGCUUUCAAUCAAGGUCUUGGAGUUUGGUGUUUACAUAGAAUAGAAAAAUUACAGUACCAACAGGUUAUUGAGAAAUAUCCUAAUCUUACUGUUAGUCACAUUUAUGGGCUUCCACAUUUAAUCAGGUUUAUUUUAUGUCUACCAAAAUUAUUUCGUUUGAUGGAAAAUGAUUGUAAAGAAUUUGUUCCAAAUGUUAAACAUUUUGUAAGAGGAUUAUUGAUAUACUUAGUAGAUGAAAAUUUAUGCAUUAAUGUUGAACGAGAUUAUCAACCUGUAAUGCCGGAUUAUUUUAGAAUGACUUAUUAUUAAUAAUGUAAAAAGUUAUAUGUUAAUUAUUAAUUAUUUGAUGUAGAAAUCAAAUAUAUAUGUUACCUAUUGUCUUAUAUUAGACUAUUUCUUCUUUACAAAAUGUAUACAAUUUCAUUGGUCUUAGUGAUAACAUACCAUUUUAAUUUAAUGUAUUUAUAUUGUUAAAUUGUUUCCUGUUAAAACAUACUAUAUUUUCUAUGUUAACCUGAAUAAAAAUGUUUUGUUAAAUUUUCUA